UUUUUCAGCGGGUAAUGGUUUUGGGCCGGGGGUAAUGAAGAAAUGGAUGGUGGAUGUGGUGGAUGUGUCGCUCUGUUUUCAUAAGGCAGCAACGAUUGACAGAGAUGAAGAUAUGUAGAGAAAUGACGGAAUAAAUAUCCGUACCUCUCGUGCAUUUCCUCGGAAGCAAAUCAGUGCAAGCGGGGAAUGUGUCUGGGGUGUGCAGAGGGCCAGAGAGAAGAGGAAAAUGCGCCGCGAGCAGCGUAUGCCAAGACGGUUUCGUUUUCGAACAAUACUACCAGUAAAGAGAGCAGCUGAAACAGAGAGAAUGGCCACCACACACAUGUUUGUCAUCGGGAGCGAGAGCAGCUAGUGCUAGAGCAGUGCAAUGGUGUUUUCCUGCUGGCUGGAUCUUCCGUCUGUGGAAAUUGCAGCAAAAAUAGGCUAAAAUCGGUUGCUGAUCGUCUCAUGGGUACGUGCCAGACCCGCAGUCGCUACCUGUACGUGUAAAUCUGGGUUUAUAGUGCGCGUUGUUGCGAUUGCGGCCGGGCGCGACAAAUCAACAGAGCUUGAGAAAAUAAUUUAGGCAAAUUAACAAAAAAGACACAAAAAUUCACUACUUUAACUCACUGACCUAGCCGUGAAUAAGAAACGAUGGAGGAGGACACGGAAUACAAGAAGCUCCCGAUCGAUGAACGGUGCGUUCACAAGCUGUGGAAGGCCCGUGUCGACGGGUACGAGGAAGCGGCCAAACUCUUUCGCACCAUCGACGACGAAAAGUCCCCGGAGUGGAACAAGUUUUUGGGGUUGAUCAAAAAGUUCGUCGUAGACAGCAAUGCGGCCGCACAGGAGAAGGGCCUCGAGACGACGCUCGUGUUCGUGGAGAACAGUGGCAAUGCCGGCAAGACGGUCGGCGAAGUGAUGGGUGGCAUCGUGUCCAAAUGCAUCGGUGCACCAAAGACGAAAACUAAGGAGCUAGCGGUGCAAAUCACACUCAUGUACGUGGAAAUCGAGAAGCAGGACACCGUGCUGGAAGAGCUGCUGAAAGGAACGGAGCAAAAGAAUCCCAAAAUAGUUGCCGCCUGUGUCAGUGCCGUCACGCUGGCGUUGCGCGAGUUUGGCAACAAGGUAAUCAACAUCAAACCGAUCGUGAAACGUUUGCCUGCCCUGCUGAGCGACCGCGAUAAGACCGUGCGCGAUGAAUCGAAAACCUUGACGGUGGAAAUUUAUCGGUGGAUUGGGGCAGCGUUCAAGUCACAGAUUGCUUCCUUGCCGGCCGUGCUGCUGGCCGAGCUGGACACGGAGUUUGAAAAGAUUGGCAACGAAAAAGCUACCCCGGUGCGGUAUUUGCGCUCGCAGCAGGAAAAGCAGCAACAGAUAGCGGCCUCGGCCGUGGAUGGUGUCGAGGGUGAGGAUGAUGGUGAUGGUACGGAGGGCGGGGAUGUCCGGGAAGAGAUCGAUCCCAUGGAUUUGAUCGAUCCGGUUGACAUAUUGUCGAAAUUGCCGAAAGAUUUCUAUGACAAGCUUGAGGCGAAGAAAUGGCAGGAACGUAAGGAAUCUCUGGAAGCGUUGGAAACGUUACUGCAAAACCCCAAACUACAGCCGGGCGAUUAUGGCGAUGUAGUGCGUGCGCUGAAGAAGGUAAUCACAAAGGACACGAACGUGGUACUGGUGGCACUCGGUGGCAAAUGUUUAGCUAUGUUGGCGAAAGGAUUGGGAAAGAAGUUCAAUACCUAUGCGGGGGCUUGUGUUCCAGCAAUUUUUGAAAAGUUUAAAGAGAAAAAAUCGAACGUGGUAACGGCACUGAGGGAUGCGAUUGAUGCCAUUUAUCCCUCCACAACGAUAGAAGCUAUUCUGGAGGAUGUGCUCGAAGCACUGGGGAACAAAAAUCCUAGCGUAAAGAUGGAGACAGCCUCCUUUCUGGCACGUUCGUUCACCAAAACCCUACCUGCCGCGCUGACGAAAAAGGUGCUUAAACCACUAAUAGCAGCGCUGCUGAAAACGUUGAACGAACCCGAUCCGGCGGUACGAGAUGCGUCGGCAGAUGCGAUCGGAACCGCCAUGAAGCUGGUCGGUGAGAAAAUAAUCGCACCAUAUCUGACCGAGGUGGACGCAUUGAAGAUGGCCAAGAUAAAGGAAAGUUGCGAUCGGGCGGUCAUAACGGUAAAGAUUCCGGCUGCCCGUAAAGAACGUCCUGCAACGGCCCCGGCUAAAGCGGUAACGACGAUUAAGAAGGCACCGUCGGAGACCAAAGUUGGUGCAUCCGGAAGCGGUGGUUCGGGUGGAGUUCAGCGACCCGCAACAGCAGCGACCGUCGUUAAAAAGGUAGUAUCAGGUGGUGGUCUAAAGAAAAGUGCUACGGGAGGUGCUCUCGGUGGUGGAAGAGCUAGCGCUGGUGGGGCUAAAGCAGGAACUUCGGCGGCGGCACCAAACACGGAAAAAGAUCUAUCACAGGAAGAGAUCGACGAACGGGCGGGUGAAAUGCUACCGCCCGACGCACUCGGAGGACUGAUGGAUGCGAACUGGAAGACACGUCUCAGUGCGGUAGAAUCGUUUGCCGGUGCCAUCGCGGGACUGGAAACGAAACCAGGCCUGUCGCAAAUUUUGCUUCGCUCACUAGCAAAGAAACCGGGCUUCAAAGAUACCAACUUUCAGGUGCUGAAAGGGAAGCUCGACACAGCGCGAACGGUGGUGGAACGUUUCGGCAUUACGACAACGACCGCCGAUUAUUUACUUACCGAUGUGACGGAGAAGCUGGGCGAUGCGAAAAAUGGAUCCCCGGCUGCCGCUCUGCUGACAGCGAUUGCCGAAGGUGGCGCUCGGUUAGACUACACCGUGCAGCGCGCCAUGGAGUUCGCCUUUGAGCAGCAAAAAUCACCCAAAGUGCAGCAAGAGGUGUUGCUGUGGGUGGCAACAGCGCUGCGUGAAUUUGGAUUCCAGGUCGAGGCGAAGGGUCUGCUGGAGAGCGCCCGUAAGGCGGUUCAGAGCAUUAAUCCGGCCGUACGUACCGCUGGCAUUGCACUGCUGGGCACGAUGUACCUAUUCAUGGGCCAACCGUUGACGAUGUUUUUCGACAAUGAAAAGCCGGCCUUAAAGCAACAGAUUAUGGCCGAAUUUGAGCGAUGCGCCGGUCAAAAGCCUCCAUCUCCGACACGGGGAGCCAGCGCGAAAUCGCCGUCCGCCGGUGGAGAUGAUGAUGAUGAUGACGCAGCCGAAGGUGGCGCCGAUGAACAAGUCGCACCGAUGGUUAACGUGAACGAUCUAUUGCCACGCAUUGAUAUUUCCGGACAAAUAACGGAAGCGCUGCUGACGGAGCUUUCGGAUAAGAAUUGGAAAACACGAAACGAGGGCUUGGUGCGGUUGCAAACAAUUAUUGCUGAAGCAAAACUCAUCAAACCGACGCUCGGGGAUUUGCCGCAGGUGCUGGCGCAACGGUUAGUUGACAGCAAUGCAAAGAUUGCGCAAACAUCGGUCGAGAUUUGUCAACAGAUGGCCAUUGCUAUGGGCCCGCCGUGUCGGCAGUACGUGCGUGCAUUUUUCCCCGGCUUUCUGAAAGGGCUUGGCGAUGGUAAAAGUUUCAUCCGAAGCGCUUGUCUUACCUGCAUCAAUACGUGGGGCGAACAGGCGGGCUAUAAAGAUUUCUUCGACGGUGAAAUGAUAGCCGAUGCGCUUAAGACCGGCAGUCCGCCACUGCGUACAGAACUUUACGCGUGGCUGGCGGAGAAAUUGCCCAACAUGCCCACGAAGAGCAUCCCGAAGGAUGAGCUGCAAGCUAUACUGCCGCAUCUGUACACACACAUUACGGAUCGUAGUGCGGACGUGCGCAAGAACGCCAAUGACACUAUACUGGGUGUGAUGAUACACCUUGGGUAUGAUGCAAUGGUGAAGGCGUUAGAUAAGCAAAAACCCAUCUCGAAGAAGGAUAUACAGGCAGCACUGGAUAAGACACGUCCAAACCUGCCCGUCAAGCAGCUCCCGCCGGCAAAGGCCGCACCGCCACCGGAAGAAGCAGCCGUCACUAGCAAGGGUGGACUGAAAUUGAAGACAACAAAGACAGCCGGUACCGGUGGCGCUGGUGGUGCUAGCGGUCGUUUGGGAUCCGGUUCGGCCGGCUCGGACAAGUCUGGUUCCGGUGGUGCCGGUGUUGGUAGCGCCGGCAGUGGUGGCGGCUCGUCGCGCAAGAAGGAGGAAGAUGCCGAUUCGUUGGCCCCUUUAUUGGUUGUAAACGGGCUCAAAAAGCAACGUUUCGUGGACGAACAGAAGCUAAAGGUGUUGAAGUGGACGUUCACCACACCGCGGGAGGAGUUUUACGAACUGCUUAAGGAGCAAAUGCAAACGGCCAACGUAAACAAAGCGCUAAUGGUGAACAUGUUUCACGAGGACUUCCGGUACCAUCUGAAGGUGAUCGAUGCACUGAUGGAAGAUUUGGCAACGAACGAGGAAGCACUGAUAUGCAACUUGGAUCUGGUGAUGAAAUGGUUGUCGUUGCGUUUCUACGACACAAACCCGUCCGUGCUGCUGAAAGGUUUGGAGUAUCUGAACCAGGUCUUUCAACGAUUGGUCGAUCGGCAGUACAUGCUAGCGGACAUCGAGGGUAGCUCGUUCGUGCCGCAUCUGCUGAUAAAGAUUGGCGACCCAAAGGAUGUGGUGCGGAACGGUGUGCGAACGCUACUACGCCAGAUCUGUUUGCUUUAUCCGUUCUCGAAGGUGUUCGUGUUCAUCAUGGAUGCGCUGAAAUCCAAAAAUGCCCGACAGCGUGCGGAAUGUUUGGACGAGUUGGGAUAUCUGAUUGAAACGUACGGGUUGACCGUGUGCCAACCGUCCCAACCGGUCGCACUGAAGGAAAUCGCACGCCACAUUUCCGAUCGUGAUAAUGCGGUUCGGAAUGCCGCGUUGAACGCUGUAGUGCAGGCUUACUUUUUGACCGGUGAAAAGAUUUACAAGCUGAUCGGUCAGCUGUCGGAUAAGGAUCUGUCGAUGUUGGAUGAGCGUAUCAAGCGCUCGAAAAAGACGACGGUGCUGCCGGUGAAAAAGUUACCGAUUCCGGGUACGAAUCUCAACGAAACUACGAUCGUGGGAAAGGAAAGCAUCCUUCCCGCGGUACAAGCACUAUCGUCCACCGUCGUUGGCGUUGGUGGUGUUGAUACCGGUGCGGAUGACGUGAUGGAUGAGGACGAAACAUUAAUACCUUCGCAUGCGGAUGCCGUAGCAGUACCGAUGAAAAUAAUUGUACCGGAGCCUCCACAGCCAAGAGUGGUGAAGGGUCCGUUCAAGCUCGAUGAGAAUGUGAUAGCAGAUAUCGAACGGAACUGGGUGAAGGCAGAUGAUCUCGGCAAAACCGCCCUAAACCCGAUCGAUGACGCCUUCAUCUACGAUGAGCUGACCGUGAUCGCCGUGAACGGUGUAUCCUAUCCGGAGGAGAAAUUCCGACAGCUCACCCAACGCAACCUGCUAUCGUCUGCGGGUUCUGGCGGACCGGGCGAAUCGCCCGUCCACCAUCAACACACGGUAUCCAGUAUUCGCCCCUCGCCAGAUGGUAGCGGACUGAUCCCCAAACCGAAACCUGCGCCUCCUGUCGUCGUACCAAGUUUGACCGAUGCUCUCCCAAAGAUGGAUCAAAACUUGGUACGCAUUAUACGCGGAAUCGGUAACACGGACAGUUACGCUGCACAUGCCGCCUUAAACGAGCUAACGGAUAUCAUGCAAUCGCCGGAGAAACAAGCCGUACUGCGUGGAUAUGAAGAAAUGUACAUACAACACGUACUACAGCAAUUUAAGAAUAUCCAGCAAAAGCCGAUAGCGGAAUCGAUGACCAUUUAUCAACCAUUGCUGCACAGUAUCUUCAUGUUUUUCGCCUCCAAAUCGCUCGGAAAGCACCUGACGAUCGUGUCGAUCAAAAACAUAAUCUCCGUGCUGUUGGGACUGAUGGCAGACAAUCGUCUGGUAACCGGUAUCGACGAUGCACAGUUCGUAAAGGUGGUAAACGGUAUCUGUCUGAAGAUUCUCGAUCGUACCAACUUUACCUACAUGAAUUGUGCCCUCAUCCGGUUGCUGAAGGAAUCCUGCCAGACCAGUUGCUUGCCAAAGUUUACCGAUCUACAGAUGAAGUGCAUCUGGCGUAACGUGAAGGUCAUACCGGACCGGUUGGCCGAGCUCGAUUAUGAGGCCGUGCUGCUCGAGGUGCACGAGUUUAUGCUUGCCCUUCCCUCGACCUGGUGGCAAUCGCGACCAUCCGAUAUGCCGCUGCGCACAGUUAAAACCAUCAUACACAAUAUGACCAAAAUCAAAGGUAACGCAAUACUGCAGCAUUUGAACACGAUCCCGACCCGUUCGGAGCUACACUCGUACGUGUUGCGCAUUCUGAAGAACAUCAAUAAGGAUGCGACGGGUACGGCGUUGGUCGGUGAUGGUGAAGCAGGCGGUAACACACCCUCGUUACGACCGGGCACAGCAACGGGUAUGAUGGUCACCGCCCAGAAUAACGCACUAAACACCGACAAUAACAACCAUGGCGGUACGCGCGGCACCAUGAUCAGUGGUGACGGGGACGGUAAUGGCUCGGUGGUCGGUUCGGAGUAUCAGAAAUAUAUCGCUGUAAAUGCUAGCGUCGAAAGCGGUGCUGACGGUGGUAAAGGUGGCCCACAAAACAAACAAAAUCCGGACUUUUGGAUGGAUCGACUAAAUCACCUUAUGAAAAAAACAACUGUUGGUGGGCAACCAAAUCGUGGAGUCAUGUUAGGGACGACCGGGACGCAACUAGACGGGACAACAGCAACGCUCGGUAGUGCGGCGGUGACCGGCGGUGGGAUAAUUACGGACGAAAAUUUAAACCUUAAUCAAAUGCAGGGAAGCAAAUUCAGCAUUCGCCGAGGGCUGGACGGGAUGGGGCUGGGGCAUGAAGCCAAUCACACCGGAACGCCCGUAGGUGGUGGUACGACUUCUCAGCGUCGCGAAUUGUUGCAGCAAAAAUUAGAGCAACUAAAGCAACAUAAGUGAAUUCUCUGCACGAAAGGCAUCAAGAGGAUAAGAGUCUCUAAACGGUCAGGAUCGGUCAGUCAGUAUACUCUAAACCGACAUUUGGCGGCAUACACACGUUUUGACGGGAAUUCUACAGGUGUAUAUGGGGUGCGAAUGAUGAUGAUGAUGAUGCCAUCAGCAAACAUUCCACGGCGAAACGCGUGUAACGCCCUUUUGUUCAGCACGGUAUUACGUCUUUGUCUCUCUUUGGGUCUCUUCUGCUCGUGCAGGUUGGGACACAUCCUGCCGAAAAGAAAAAAAAGAAAUACUCAUCCAUUCAAUCUUUCCAAUCUCCUCCCACGUCCUUAACCCCCCUCCCCCAAAAACAUCCAUCAGAACCUAGUUAAAAGAAAUAGUUGCGUUUAGAGCAAUAAGUGCAGCACCCAUAACAGAACAUCAACAUUACGCCUAGCGCACAAGCGACGCCGAUGGACUAGGCAGCAUCUAAGAUGCGUCCCACUAAUUAUUUCCGCUCCGGGUUUGUUUGUGUUGAAUUUUACGACUGAACGUGUAAUUUAAGUUUGUCUCUAAUACUAACAAAUCACUUCUUCGGAGCUGCCGCUUGUAUGUUGGCCGGUUCCCUCAGUACCCUUGUUGGAGCACACGAGUAGCAAACCACGUACUAGAAGUUAAGGUCCCAUUUUUUACCCCAUCAUUCACGUUACAUUGCGUUAGGGUUAUUUUGAACUGCGUUUUUAACUUAUUCUAGGUAAUGCAUUCGUGUAGCGUUCGAAAGAUAUUAAGCAAGAUUCAUCACACAUGGUUUUGUUUUGUCUGUUCUCAGUGUGCAGUGUACAACGUUAGUUUUUGGUUAGUGUUGUGCGUUGCAAACACGAGCUGUUUAGGAUUUUCCUCUCGAAACUGUUGAAAAUAUGUACCUUUUUUAUCGAAUAAUUCAUACCAGUGAAACACAUCCGUUUUUUGAAAAGACUUGCAGGUUAUAUACACAUUACUUAAACCUCUCACCACUACUACAUAUUGCAAAUACAUAAGGAUCGGGUUUGCGGGGAGACAACAGUUGGGAAAUAUAUUAGCCAAAAACAAAAAAAAAGUGGAAAAACAGGCGUAAUAUAUACACCAAAAACGCGCAUAGUUAACCUUCAGCAACAAAGUUAAUCUGCUUGCGUAGGAAUUUGUUACGUUUAGACCACAGCGUUUUCUUUACGAUGUUCCCUCUCCAUGACCUCUAUUUGCAAACGUUAAAAUAACUUUCUCCACCGUUGAUUGCAUGCUUGAAACGGGGAAAGUUGAACAGAGUUGAUUUUGUUUAUUUGUGUUUCUUUAGUAGUGCUAUUAGAUAGCGGUCAGUUUGUUUUGCCUAACAAAAAGCAUUCGGAAUCGUGCGUGAGUGUGUAUAACGAGAUUUCUGUUUGAGAUAUGUGUUAUCUUGCAAUAUCAGAUUACACCAAAAUUGGACGUUCCUGUGUUGUGAUUACGAAUCAAUUACGGUAUAUUGAUAAAUGUCUCUGGGAGUGAAGAAAAGAAAACAAAACCACUGAGACAGAAACGGAUAGCAUUCAACACAACGUAAUCAGUCUCACAAGAAUUGCUUAACCUGAUGAAAAUAAAAACAAACAACAACUAUAUUUGAAUAAUAUUAAUUCAUGUAAAAAGA